AUGUCUUCUGAAAAUGUGGAAGUCAAGGCACUGAAUCAGUUUAGAAGAUUUGCCGAUGCAGAGAAACAAAGGGUCAUCGAGAGGAGAAGAGCCGAAGCUGAACAAGUUAGAGCGGCACAGCUCAGGGAGUUGGCCAGGUUUGCCGAAACGUUCAAGCUAACAACACCUGUGCCGGAAGACAUUGUUGGUCUCUUUUCAAAUGAUCCACGCAAGCAACAAGAAACCAACCAGAGAGCCAAGGGAGAGUCUCCCAGGGCUCAAUUCAGACCACCCUCGCUAGAAGAACACAUUCGAAAUGCGCCUUCCCACGGUGGCCGUGGUGGGCGCAACUUCGACCCUGCGAAUGCGCUUUCCAUUAAUGGUCUUGAGCCUGGGGGCGUCAGGAUCUCAUCGGAGGAGAUAAGAGUCCCAGCACCGUCGCCGUCAGGCACAUUAUUCAGAAAUGAAGAACAAAGAGUUGGCCGACUACCUGAAUUUCAACCCACUUCUAAAGCGUUCGCACAACCUGCCACGAAGUCAUGGGCGGAUGUUGUAAAAAGUAAUCCAACUCAAUUACCGCCUACCAGUGCCACAGGGCUUCGAUAUCCUACUACGCCUCCCAGAAAUGUACCUCCUCUUGAGAGGCUCGAUGAUGGUGGUGCUAAGACAGCCUCCCAUGGCCGAUCCUUGGGAACCUAUUUAUCGCGAAAGCCUACAACCCGUGGUUCCUCUGAGAACUCCAAGCUGUUCUCACUUGGUUCGUCUGUUUCAAAAGAAUAUCAAUCGACUCUGCGUACCAGCAUAGACUCAUCAAACAUAGCAAACAAGUCCUUGGGGAUGAUUCUUGAAACUGAAGAAAACCUUGGAGAUCAUAGCCGGCAGGGUGAAUCAUAUGUGCACCAGCAAUAUCAAGAUGGGUUCGACAACAUGACGAAACAAACUAACCUUUCUCAUAUCAACCUCUCCAAGGAGCAGAUGGAAACCAUUGCACAAAGGUUUGCCAAUGCACUAAUUGAUGAGCUACCCGACAGGAAUUCACUGCUUCAAGAGACAAAACUACCCAAUCCUACGUUCAAGCAAUCAUUACAAGAUUAUAUACGAGACUAUGCUAUCGAAAUUCGACGAGAUGCAACCACGUCCAAUACAGCUGAUGCUGCAAAUACAGUUCGCGCUAUGAAGAGAACUAUAUACGAGCUGUUUAUAGAUGCGUUGAGAAAUAAGACCCCGAUCAGCUUGAUGAACGACAUCGAUAAGAUGGAACUCCUUGAGAAACCAUAUCGAGAAUCAGUUGAAGGCUGGCUGGGCGUCUCAGCAUCCGGCCUACAAUCUUCAGACCAAUGGACAAGAACCAGACCGGCUUCGGAGCCCGACGUUAUGGCCUUCAGCGAAAGGACUGAGUCUUCAAUUGCUGACAGCGGCCACGAUAUGUUUCGCUUGUCUGGCACAAAUGAGAAUGUAAGCAAGCUGGUCGAGCGAGAGAUUCUUGAGCACCAGGCCUUCAAGGAUCUGAUAUCCAAAGUUCACAAAUUGAUAGAAAGAGAAUUCUAUGACGCUAGAAAGAUGAUAAACAUGCGUGUACUUCAUGGACUGGGUGGAGGGAAAUCAUUGACAAGUCCUCAUCGAGGAACCAAGGCUGCUAUAUUCCAUACGGGCGAUUGGGAUCUCGUGUCAUACAUGCAAGAACAUUAUGAUAAUGGAAUCGAGCAAGAUCUUGGAGCCACCACAGUACUAACUGGCAACGCCGAUAAUGCCUAUUUGUGCUCUAUUCAAACCUACAUCAAGCACUUUUGGCGAAAGUGGCCUCGCGUUCUCAUUGACGCGUUCAAUCGUGCGCUCCGGGGAAGAGGAACUUCAACUGAAGAAGGCCAGAAGCUGAGCAUUGUCAUUGACCUAGAUGACAGAACUGUACGUGUCGAGGGCAGCCAUGUAUUUAUUUUGAACAUGGCGCAGCAGCUAGCAUGGUUGGUGGCCGGUUGCAGGGUCUCGCCCGGCGGACUGUGGCAGUCUCGUGUCAAUAUUACGUGCGAAGAGAUAUUGGAUUGGGGCCAGUAUGCCACGUUUGCGAUCACGCAUGAUAUCUCACAAGUUGACCCAGCCGCAUGGUGCGGUUGUUGGAACCCUUUGGUUGGCGAUUCUGUGGUUGUCAGGGGUUUUCCGAUCCCUCUUCGAACAUCGAAGCAAAAGGGUCUUGAGCUCACUUUCGAGCUCAUGGCAGCUAUCGGAGAUGUGCCUAUUGCAGUCCAGUAUGCCGGAGGAUAUGUUCUCAAGGGACGUUCAGUCCUGUUUUAUCCGGUGUCUCGAGAAAGUGACUGGGUCCAGUGGCAUGUUGUGCUCAAUCCUGUUGGUCGCAUCAGCUAUCAAGAUAUUGACCGCAUGCAUGGAUUGCAACGCCUGACUUCUGAAACAUUGGAUCAACAAGGCAUCACUUCUACCCGGAUCUUCCUGGGCUGGACCCCUUAUGCCGCCAGUUCUUUGGCAACAAAAUCAUACCAGUACUCCCGUGUCACUUAUUCCAAGACAGGACCGCCAAGUGGAACCCAGAUGAACAUGAAAGGUGGAUCUGUUGGGUUCAGCUAUUUCGCAAUAGCAACAGUCAAUGUCGAAUUGCGGAAACGAUCUAGCCCUUACUACAACCCUAGUGAUCAAGAGUAUUACGACAACCUACUGGACAUGGCUCAAGAGCUCCACGUCAUCCUGUACGAUGCCGAACCAGUGGGCGGCAGAGCUUGGAUGACAGAUGGUGAGCAUAUUAUCCUCCACUUGAUCCUCCAUCGCGCAAAACAACCGAAAAAGCAUCACUAUGAUGAGGGAACAAUUGAGAUGCUCUUACCUGCAUAUGCUGGCCAUGCCGACAGCGUGCGAAAGGCGAUGCUUCAUAACAUGAACGUGAUUCUGAAAAGCGAUAAAAGUACCAUAGACGGCGCAAUCAAACCCCUGUACUUUCGACGUGUUGUACAUGAGCUUUACAAAACCCUAGAGGGCUUGCAAGCCUUCAACCAAGCUUAUGCAAGUCCGGAAGGAGUGCAGGUCUCGAAGACAUGGAAGCACAGCAUCCGUGGUUUUGAGUAUAUGAGACUGCUGUACGGCAAGCGCAGGUCCCAGUGCAAGGAGCGCUUCCUGGAGAAGACGAGCGGGCAUUGGGCGGUUCUUGCCAAAGACCUGGGCGCUAUUGUACUUUGUGGGUCUGGCUUGGGGGAGGUCAUCGAGUCUUUUGCCCUGUCCCCAACCUGCUCAAGCUGCAAAACCGCCCCUCGAGGUCGUGAUUACCUCGUUGCUCAAAUCAAACAUUUGGAGGAUCUUUUCGAGGAGAGCGGUGCGAAGGAUGACCACGCGAAAUUGACGCCUAGUGGUAUUCGAUGGCACGAGGCAUCUCGGCCUUUCCAACAGUGUCCUGCUCCGAAUUCAUCAUCUGAAAGCUGUUCCUGCCAAAGAGUCCAGGAAUUAUGGCCCGGCAAUGCUGUGGGGCUUGUUGUUGUACCAGGCAAGCUUCCACCAGAUGGAGCUGUAAUAUUCGGUCAGGUAAGCCCGGCGCCGGCGGCGACAGCUAAAGACCUGCUCUCAGCAUCCAGCUGGUUUAGUAGCUCGAAUCGGGCAAGAGAUAGUUUACAGGUGGUAGAGCGUAAGGGUAUGCGAAUAGUAUCUACCAGUGGACCCAACGUGGUCGGCGCCUUUGAUACUGAAGCUGAAGCUGAGCGACAUGCACAUGCCUCAUAUCCCCCUAAGGCGAGUCCUACAAACAUCACAGAGCCUCCUAAGCAGUGUCAUCGACCACAUUACGAAAGUUUGCACUACCACGAUGCUGGACAAAGCGGGAUGUGUCCUGGCCCCGCGAACGACUUUCAAGGUACAGAAACUCGUCCACCAGAAAACGCCUUUGUCAUUAAGUCUCUAAAGUCGGAUUUAUCCCCCAGCAAUACCCCCGCAAAGACAACAAUAUCUGAGAAGGCUUGGGGUAAAAGCCCACCUACUACUUCUCAUCAUAAGAUACAGGCACCUCAUGAGGCUACCUAUGCACCACAGUCCGAGGACUGCGUCCGUGGCGGAAGCAAGGGCAGACGAGCCCACAGAGAAGUUGCCGGUCCAGCACCCAGCGCUUUGGCAAAGACACCAAAUCACGGGCCGGCAGCUGUACAGCCACGGGCCACACCCAUGGUCAUUCGUACCAGGAACGGCGGGCGAGGUAACAUCUCAUCGCCUUCCAACCGCACCGUCGGAUCCGAGUCAACAGCCCAUCCCUCCACGCCAUAUACAGAGAAAAAGCCGACGCUGCGGCGGACCUCACGGCUGCCAGCCGACUUCCAUCGCGCUCCAAAUGGGAGCACAGAUCGAUCAUGA